AUGUCUGACACAGUGUUAAGACAGCUUUGGCUGGACAAGAUUCACGGGAACACCAUCCAAAUUUUGGCUUCCCUCCCAGACGAAAUUGAACUACAAAAACUAGCUGAAAUAGCUGAUAAAAUAGCUGAUAACCAGCCAGCUAGUCCUGUGUAUGCUGCGACCCAGAGACAGCCAGUAGCAUCAGUGGUUGACGCAGACGACAUGCGUAAACUCAGUGACAGGCACAUAAAUGCCGUAAACCUUGCAGGUUUAGCGCGAAUUUAUUUGGCAGAAGAUCGACACAGCAAGCGGGAAACGACGUUCCCGGCAGCAAGUGAAGACGGCGUUCGCUACCGGGGAAAAAAUAUUAACCGUCUUUUUUAUGUUAAGGACGCCAAUUCUGGUUACCUAUUCUUGGUUGACACGGGCGCACAAGUUAGUGUGAUUCCGCCCACAACAAACAUGGCGACAAAAGCUACGUCAUACAACCUCCAAGCUGCCAACGGUUCUCGAAUAGAAACCUAUGGGAUAAUCCGUCCAUCAUCCAGCCCAUAUGCUUCACCUUUGCAUAUGGUGUCGAAAUCGGAGACAGGAGCUUGGAGACCAUGCGGUGAUUUUCGGCGACUUAAUGCUCAAACAGUCCCGGACAAAUAUCCGAUCCCGCAUCUACAAGAUUUUGCAAUCACGUUACAAGGAGCGUCAAUUUUUACGAAGUUGGACUUGAGAAAGGCUUUUCAUCAAAUCCCUGUGGCAAAAGACGACAUCCACAAAACUGCUGUGACUACACUGUUCGCUUUAUUCGAGUUUACUAGAAUGCCCUUCGGUCUAAGAAAUGCAGCGCAGUCCUUCCAGCGACUUAUAGACGAAGUACUGCGUGGCUUGCAUUUCACAUUCGCCUAUAUUGACGAUGUUCUGAUUGCGAGUAGGAACAUCGAAGAACACACCGAUCACGUGGAACAGUCACAACUGCAAGUUAACUUCUUCUUCGUCCGAGGCGCAAACCCAACUCCAACUGCUCUGCCUGUCCGGCCUGCAACUGUCUCGCCGUCCGCCCUGCAACUCUUCUGCCUGUCCGGCCUGCAACUGUCUCGCCGUCCGCCCUGCAACUCUUCUGCCUGUCCGGCCUGCAACUCUCUCGCCGUCCGCCCUGCAACUCUUCUGCCUGUCCGGCCUGCAACUGUCUCGCCGUCCGCCCUGCAACUCUUCUGUCGAUUGGGGUCCUGCUUUUAUUGA